AUGUUGUGGUUGGUGUGGCCCUUCCUUUUCCCGUCGGCGCUCGCUGCCCAGCCCUCUGCGCCGGCUCCCAUCUCCGCCCCCCUUCGAGACCUCCAGUUCGGGCAACUGAAUUUCCUCCACACAACCGAUACCCAUGGCUGGCUGGCCGGACAUUUGCAGGAACCAUCCUACUCGGCGGACUGGGGGGACUAUAUCUCGUUCGCGGAGCGCAUGCGGGAAAAGAUAGAAGCACAGGGACAAGACCUGCUCGUCAUAGAUACCGGCGAUCGCGUCGAAGGCAAUGGCCUCUAUGAUUCCUCUGAGCCCAAAGGCGUCUAUCUCUCGGAGAUCCUCCGCCACCAACACAUUGAUGUGAUCACCUCGGGAAAUCAUGAACUAUACAAGCAGAACACAUCGGAGUCCGAGCUCCUCCACACUGUACCUAAUUUCCGGGGAAACUAUCUCGCCUCGAACAUCGAUAUCCAUCACCCGGAGACUGGGGAGCUUGUCCCGCUAGCCCCGCGGUACAAGAAGUUUACCACCAAGCAGCAGGGGAUCCGCAUCGUAGCCUUUGGCUUUCUAUUUGAUUUUACUGGCAACUAUAAUAACACUGUUGUGCAGCGGGUGGAGGAAACCAUCAAAGAGGACUGGUUCCAAGAAGCGAUUCGUGACAAGGAAGUCGAUCUCUUCCUGGUGGCCGGCCAUGUUCCCGCUCAUUCGCCGGAGUAUAGGGCGAUCUACGAGGAGAUCCGCGGGCUCCGGUGGGACACGCCGAUCCAGUUCUUUGGCGGGCACCAACAUAUCCGUGACUAUGCGAAGUACGACUCCAAAGCCGUUGCGCUUGCCAGUGGGCGGUUCAUGGAGACAGUUGGGUUCAUGUCAAUCGACGGGCUUUCCACCAGCAAAGGAACGAGCAACGCAUCGCAGCCUGUCUUCAAGCGGCGCUAUGUUGACAACAACCUUUUCUCCUUCUACCACCACACGGGCCUUGAUGUAGACUCUUUCCCAACAGAGAAGGGCCGCAAUGUGUCCCAGCUUAUCGCCGAGUCACGGAGUGCGCUCCAGCUCGAUCAGGUACACGGCUGCGCACCGCGGGACCUGUGGAUGUCGCGAGUCCCAUACCCAAACCCCGACAGCAUCUAUACCUGGCUGGAGACGAAGGUAUUGGCCGAGUCGUUGAAAGAUGAGUCUCGGGGGGAGAGGCCUUCCGUGGCUAUUGCAAACUCGGGCGCUAUCCGGUUCGACAUUUUCCAGGGCGCCUUCACCCAGGAUACGACCUGGAGCAUCUCGCCUUUCACCAAUGGAUUCCGCUACGUGAAGGAUGUUCCAUAUGAGAAAGUACAGCUGAUUAUGGAGGUUCUUAACGGCCAGACUAAGAUCAUAUCCACGUUGCAAGACAAGACAGAACCCUCGCUCCUCCCACUGGUAUCUCCCGAGCAGCUGGCUCACUCCGAGGACAUCAUCGUCGAUGACGAGGAAUUACCGGUCCACUGGUCUAACAUCGAGAUGGGUGAUCCACACCAGAUGCCUCUGUCAUCUAACAAGCCGGCUGGCAAAGUUGUCCCCGGGUACACUACCAAGGACGACGCGGGCGAAGAUGGAGACGAUACCAUUCAUGCGCCGAUAUCUUUCUACAAGGUGCCCAACUGCAUCCAGGCAUUGAUAUCGGCCAAUUCGUCUGGCGUCCCGGAGAAAGUGGACCUGAUCUACAUCGAGUUUGUUCAACCGUACGUGGCGCUGGCUGCCAAGUUCGCUGGGCUCGAUAUCGAUUUCGCCAAGGAGAGCGAUGUGUACAUGCCGAACAUUACUCUGACAGAUCUCAUCCUUGACUGGGUGAAGAAGCACUGGAAGUGCGAGUGA